AGAAAAAUAGAGGAGGUUAUGAGAUCCGCAGGACUGAGAUUUGGACCCACCGGUUCGAACCACUCCGGUUUUUAAAAAUCCUCUUCUUUUCAUAAGAGUCCAUAGUCCACCGACACUACACCAUUUUACUUUUGCUGCAAAUUUUCUUUCCUCGACUCCAAUUCUAUCUUUCCAUCUUCUUAAAAAAAAAAAAAAAAGCCAAGAAAAAAAGCCAGAAUCUCCUCUUAGGUUUUGUGCCUAAGAUCAGCUUCCAAUUCUAUAUCAUGUGAUAAUUAAAUUCCUCGUUUUAAAGUUUGGUCUUUGUCAGUUUUUGGCUUUCCUGAUCGGAAAGUUUUCUGGGUUUCUGGUGUAUUUAGUUAAAAAAAAAAGAAAAAAGAAAAUUUUUUUAUUAUUAACAGAGAUGACAGUGACGACGACGGCUGCGACGAUUGAUUCAUGUUUUGGCGACGAUCAAGCGUGGCCACCGGGGUUUCGGUUUCACCCAUCUGAUGAAGAGCUGGUUCUUUAUUAUUUGAAGAGGAAGAUCUGUAAAAGGAAGCUCAAGCUUGAUAUCAUAAGGGAAACUGAUGUUUACAAAUGGAAUCCUGAGGAGUUACCUGCACAAUCAAUACUGAAAACUGGAGACAGACAGUGGUUCUUUUUCAGUCCAAGAGACAGGAAAUACCCCAAUGGAGCAAGGUCUAACAGGGCAACCAGACGUGGGUAUUGGAAGGCAACAGGAAAGGAUCGAAAUGUUACCUGUAAUUCUCGGUCAGUUGGAGUCAAGAAAACUUUAGUUUUCUACAGAGGGCGUGCACCUAAUGGUGAGCGAACUGAUUGGGUGAUGCAUGAGUAUACCCUUAAUGAAGAGGAACUCAAGAGAUGCCAGAAUGUAAAGGACUAUUACGCACUCUAUAAAGUGUACAAAAAAAGUGGGCCUGGCCCUAAAAAUGGUGAGCAGUAUGGGGCACCAUUUAAAGAAGAAGAAUGGGCUGAUGAGGAAUAUGCCAGUAACCCUGUUGAUACAAUCAACCCUGUGAAGCCACCUAAUGAGGCCAUUCCUGAUGAUAAUAUAAAAGCUAACGGACAAGUUCAGUUUCUAUUGAAUGAUUUGGAGGAGUUUACGAGACAAUUAGCUGAUGAGCCUGCAAUUCCAGAGCCACAAGCUCAUUUUGGCUAUGUAUUGCCUCAGGUUGCUGGUGAAGAAGAGUCGCAAAGUACUUUGCUGGACCCAUCUCCAAGAGAUGUUCUCUUUCCAGAUUCACUUGGUGCUCUCCACGACCAAGCGAGCUUUGAUUUCUCUCAGUCACCUAUUCCUCAAUUGCAGUUGCAUGAGGUACCUGAGGUCAUGUCUGUUGCUGGCUACUUUGAACAGGUAACUCAAAUAUGCGAGGAGGAUUUCCUGGAAAUUGAUGAUCUCAUCAGUCGUGAACCUCUGGCCUCCAAUAUUGAGAAAUCUGUGGAGAAUGGGCAGUUCAAUGAGUUGGAUGGAGUGAGUGAAUUAGAUCUGUACCAAGAUGCUGCCAUGUUUCUACAUGAGAUGGGGCCUAUUGAUCAAGGAACAGUUCCAUUCUCAUAUGAUAAUAUGACGGGUCAGGUAAGUUACCAGUUGGAAUUCCAAUCAAAUAUUAACCUGAUGGGUCAGCAAUCGCAACACCAAACAAAUAUGAAUCUGAUGGAUCAGCAGUUGCAGCCUCAAUUGAAUUUCGUUGGGGAUAAUCAACAGGCACAGUCUCAAUUGAACACCAUUGGUGAUAAUCAGCGGUUGCAGCCUCAAUUUAAUGCCUUUGAGGAUAAUAUGUUAAAUCAGGUGGGUUAUCAAUCUAAAUCCAGUUCAAAUAUAAUCUUGAUGGAUCAGCAGUUGAUACCCUAUUCAACUGUGGACCAGGUGGAUUGCCAACUGCAGUUCCAGUCUGAUGGAAAGGAGCUGGAUCAACAGCUCCAAAUGGAUGAGAUUAAUGGCUCACUGUGGACACAUGAUCAGAGCGAUGAUGUUUUCAUUCCGCAAGGAUCAAAUCUUGGGAACGCCUCUCUAACUUCAGGUUUGGUGUACAAUGGUAUUAAUCAAGACCAAGGUGACAAAAACAGUGGUGGUGCAAACGGGUUUUCUUCUGCUUUGUGGUCGUUCGUGGAGUCAAUACCUACAACUCCUGCUUCUGCUUCUGAGAGUCCUUUGGUAAAUCGGGCUUUCGAGCGAAUGUCUAGCUUCAGUAGGUUGAGAUUAAAUGCUAGAAAUACUGAUGCAGUUGCAGUUAAUGGUGCUGCAACUGCUAGGAGGAGAGGCGCGAAUAUGGGAUUCUUUUUCAUUUCUAUUUUAGGUGCUUUGUGUGCUAUCUUAUGGUUCUUGAUAGGAACCGUUAGGAUUCUAGGGAGAUCCAUCUCCUCGUGAAGAUAAAUGAAGUGGGAAGUUUUGUUAAUUAUGUUCUAUUGAGAGGUUGCUGAACUUAUUGCAUAGGAAUUCACAUUUUGAUUAGGAUUAAUGUUACAAAUAACCUUUAAACUAUAGUAGUGAACUGUUUAUGUGAUAUUUAAAUUUUAAAAAUUUUUAAUGUAAUAUAAAAUUAUAAAUUUGUUAAUUAAUACGGUAUUAAUAAUUACUAAUGUGAUUAGUUUUCAAUGAUUGGAUGUGGGAGAUAAAUAAUUUUUGA